AUGAGAAUUGUCCAGACGAGAUAUUUCGGUGACGGAAGUGUAUCGACAGGCUGGAACGCCUUGCGGCGAGUGGGCGAGGCAGUAUAUGGGCUGCAAUACUCUACGCAGCAAAGAUGUGCUGUACUCACGGCAUCGAAGUUGAAGUCGAGCCUUCCUGGUUGCGCACAAAAGCCCAGACGCGGCAGCAGUCACGCGGGUUGCGUGGGGAAACAGCCGCGUCGCGUCGCGUCGCGCCGCGCCGCGCGUAGACCUCUUCACGCUUCCAUCCACAGUCUUGUGAAAGACGUCGAGGUACUGUCGCUACGCGAUGCCUCAUACCGGGACCUAUAUAAGCAUGUCUUCCAUGUGCCUUUCCUUGUGCACACUAAUUCGGCCCACAAGCUGUUCUCGGUGUCUCUCAAGGUGUCAUUCACGGGAUCUCGUGCAAACGCGGAUUUCGCGAUCUGGACAACGACUAUGUUCUAUCUGGGAGUCGUGGUGGGUCCUUUUGAACGGAAUCGCAUACUUGACCCGGCCGAUAUCGAGCUGAGGGCAGAAAGCUGGGAAAUGCGUUGUUACACGGAAGUGCGUCAAGAAGCUGUCAGGCUCUCACAGCAUCAGGAACGGGUGAGGGAGAUAGGUGUAAUUCUCUGCGAGGCAUGCAUUUCGACUUUGAAUAGGUCCCGUCUAAUAUACUGUAAGUAUAAAGAGACCGUAGGAGAUCUCGAAUUGGGACUAUUCCAUUCGUACACCAUAUUGGGCGUAGUUUUCAAGAACUUAUCAUGGAACGUGCCUUGUGAUGGCGUAUUUAUCACCGCAUUGGUGAAGGAUGGCCCCCUACGAAAGCAAAGAGAUGGCCGCGUGCCAUUAUGGCGAUCCAAAUCGGUCAAUUUCCGGAGUCUACACAUCUGUGCAGGAUUACGGAUCUGGACCAAGACCGACGGCUUCGAGACUUUGUCUGAGAUUGCUUACCGAAAGUCUGGGACAAAGGGAAGCAUCCAUUUCUGCACAAAGCGACAUCAACAUCUGCAACCCAAGAUUAUAAGAGACUCUGAGAGAGUGACGAGGCGAAUGGAGAUUUCACGCUUCAUUCACUUCGCGCGCCAAGCCCCUGCUUGCAAGCUCUUCCGCUGUCACAUCGACAUCCUCGAGAUCGCACACGCGACAUUUGUGCUCGAAGUCGAUAUCAUGGCUGACCACGCGUUCGUCCAUGUUUUCGCGCUCGCCGCCAUCGCCGCCGUGGUAGCGAACCAACACAUCCCACAAGAACAGAAGAGUAGAGCAUGGUAUCUUGUGCUCGGAUGCCUCUGCCUAUUCCUCGUUCUUGAGGUCGCUAUCCAGUCCUGGGCGCUCUAUAUGGGCGUCCAAAACGCAUGGCUGACCGCACUCCAAAUACUCGAGUCCUUCUGGACUAUCAUCAAGACAUACCCUGCUACGGCGGGUCGCGAUGACACACCGUUCUUCUAUUCCUCGACCACAACAUCUCGCCUCGACUUGUCCGAUGCCCUCUUCGUCUUUCUCGUUGUCGCGGUGGCAGGCGCCGCAAUCUGCGUCGGUCUCCUCAGCCUGGCGGAAUGGUCUACCUCGCGAGUCUCAUGCAACGUGAGCGCUGCACAACCUCAUAAUGCUGCCGAGCCGAGUUCCAAUGCACUGCAGGAGGCUGUGGCCAUCGAUUUAGAUGCGUCCGCAGAUCAAACGGCAUACCCAGUAGAAGGGCCCAUCCGUUUCAAUCGCGAGAACACAUCCCAGACACCAGAAGAGGCGCCAUCAGCUGUUAAGGAAUCUGCAUCGCCGUUCGCCCCAGCGCCCAAAUCUGCUCAAGAUCCUCGUUUCCACACCUGGCUCCGGAGAGUCGAUAUUCCCUGGAACACCAAAUGCUAUGCUUCAGCCGUUUUCUAUGGUACAGGUAUCUGGUGGCAUCCAAUUCUCGCGUGGAGAAGCAGGAAGACACCAAAGACCCAAAAGAUGAUAAAGGAGCAGGAGCAACGAAUUGAAGACAUUUUCAAAAUGCGCCAACAACGUCCAGGCCUAGAGACGGAUGCAAAGAUUGCGCAGAAGUACGAACCAUUCAACUGGCCAAAGAGAGGCCCACCAACUGAUACGGAUCGUAAGGAGCGCAAAACCUUCAAGAGCAAGACAAAUAAUGAUAAGCCGCGCAAAGAGCCAAGAACGUCGAAGGAGGAGGCACACACAAAUAUGUCUAAGGCAGACUCUACCCGCGAAUUCAAGGACAAGCCUUUGAAUAGUCACAACACGGCUGAAGAUGGCGGUAGCGUUCCACAAUUCCAGAACCCUGAGCCUGCAGCACAAUGCACUCCAGCUCCGAUGUCCCUGGAUGGAAAGUCUCCCUUAGAUGAGAAGGCUGAAGACUCUGCUGCGCCAAAACAACAGCAUGAAAUACCUCUUGUCGACAUCACGAAGGGUCUUGAGAUCGCGCCUUCACGGCCAGAAGCACAGCGGACCGAGGAUGCUGCAGUGAUCUCCGCUAGUACCACUCACAGCGUCGAGAAUAAGUCAGACCAGGUCGCUACUCCGGAAUGCUCUGCUCUGCCAGAAAUGGAGGAUCAGAGCGACCAGAAAGCUGCCGUCGCUGUAUCACAGAUCUCUUCUGACAUCAAUCCAGCCCAGGAAGAAUCAAACUUGAACCCCGAAGCCAUCUCAAGAGCUUUGCCAUUGACGCAAGACCAUGAAGAUACCACGAGCAAUGUUGCGCCGCAGAAACUUCCUGUACUUUCGGAUAGUGUCAAGCCAAUGCCAAUAAGCACGCCAUCAGAGGAAGUGUCCGAACUUGAAGAAUUGAAGGGAUCAGAGCCGGCACAGGCUGUGCAAGAGCACCGGACCAACGAGAGUGAAGAGAGCGCUAGUGCAGUCGACAAUGUCGCGUCAGCUCCGACGCGCAACGACAGAUACGCAGGUGAUAUUGAGUCUGGUCUUCGAUCAGCUGCGUCUUCCGGCGGAAGCGAUGGCAGUCAAGGUGACCAGACGAUGUCCCUCCCCCAGUAUCAGGAAGCUCUUGUCGCUGCAGGCAGCGAUGAUACCCACGAAGACAUCGAUAUGACCAACACAAACCCUGAUAGCGAGUUCUCCAAUGAUGCCAGUGAGGAGCAUCACACGUUCACAUCUGGUGAUGCAAUGGACAUCCUUCCUUCAUCCAGCAAUGGCCGAGACAUUGAGGUCCAGGCUGGUAUAAUUCCGGUCGAGCAUCAGAUCGGAGGUGCACAUGAUAGCACUGCUGGAGAUGUGAUGACUAUCCACCAGGGGCCUGUAGCACAGACAAUGCCGGCUGCUCCAUCUCCUGCCCAGAAUCUAGAGUCUCAUUCCGAGGAGCAGCUUGCCAACAAUGAUGCUAUGGAUGAGGACGAGGACAUGAUCGAAGUGCCGUCUCAAGACACAAAUCAGUCGACCCACGCCGUUCAGAACGACUCGCAGCCGAGCACUCUUGUUCCAACGCCUGCUUUUACGCAUGCGCCCCAGUCUUCUCUCUUCAAUGAGCCUAUGCAGAUGAGCUUGCGCGGCAGUAAUGCUUUCAGCGGCUCAGGUGCUGCUCAACAGUAUUCUACAGCGCCAAUAUUCAAAGCAGCACAUCAGGCACCGCCACAGGGAGUAUUCGCAUUCGACGGUCCUCCUCUGCCCUCUCAAUUCUCCUUCGAAACUAUUGGCCUGCCUCCGGCCUUUGGCGCGGGACCCGCUGUCGAAAAUGUUCCAAAUUCUGUGAACUUCUUUCCGCCAUCUGGAGCUCCUCCUGUUACGUUCGGCAGUGCAAGUAUCAAUAACACUCCUGAAUCAACACUCGGCACUACUCAGGCCCAUCCUCAGCGAAGAGCGGCUAGGAGUGGACAGCAAAGCUUCGGUGUGCACUCCACAGCGUUUACUACUGCACAAUGGCCGGUGCCAGCAGAGACGAAGAAGUCUGUGACAUUCGAGGCCGCGCCAUUUGGUCGUGUGCAAGCUUUCGGUAACAACGCCUUCCCUGCGACACAGCAAAUGUUCAGCUUUGGUACAGAGCAAAGCACUAGCAAGACAACCACCAACGGGGGGCAGCAGCCUGUGUCUUCGAAUGCGCUCCUGCAGAAUGUCCAGAUGCCUAUCGGCACUGCCGGGCCUCAAAGCACGGCUUUCCAGAGUACGGCCAUGCAGAGUGCACCUCUGCUUGGUGCAAAUGACAAUUCCAAACAGGUGGCGACAGUAGCGUCUCAAAUCGACUCUGUGGCUCAGCAGCCGGGGAAUCCUUUGAAGACCCAGCAAGUAUCUGGUAGCGGCAACCAGCAUGACCAGUCUCCUAAGCCCACAGCCGAAGAUUCGAAUCUAUUUACGAGCACUCAGGGCGCUGUGAAAGCUCCAGCUAUCUCCAGUAGUCACGAGCCGGACGAGUCCUCAAACAAUCAGGCGUCUUCAGCUCCUGAAUAUGCUCCAGUGGACUCUGAAGCCUUUGCAUUGUCCUUGCGUCCAAUUCUGAAGGCUGGAGGCGCUCGCUCUGCUGCUCGACGAAAGCCUACACAGUCUACGCCAUUUGCCAACCUCCCGAGUCCGAGGAAGCGCAAUCGAGAAGACGACGUUGAACGUGAUCGUGAAGCUGAAGCUGAAGCUGAAGAACCAGAGCUUACACGUCAUCGAGAAGAAAAUCCAAUCAAGGCCGAUCUGGGAACUGCUGAGUUUGAGGCUCAAGAUGUCCUGCUCGAAUAUACUGUUCCUUUCGAUUAUAAGCUCCAAGUGGCGAAAGAACGCAUGGCGAAAUGGCAGACGAAUCUUCAGGCGAUGCAGUUGAAUGGAAAUACCUCUGGCGGAGUUCUAUCGACGCUGGUAGAGUACGCGAAAGAAGCCGAUUGUUGCCUGGAAUUCUUCGAAACCGAAGAGGGAAAAUGGCACGAACCGACUCAGAAGACCACCGCGGAUGAGAAGCUUACCGUCGAACAGCUGAAUGCCCUUGUGCAAUGUAGCAUUUACGCCAACAGCAUGACUGACAACAUGCAUCUUCCGAGUUUAGACAUCCAGUCCGCCGCCUCAGAACUGUUCCGCAAGCUGGAAAAACUCCAUACAAAGUUGGAGGCCAAGCGCGAAGAGUGGGUUAAGUUGGAACGUCGCCACAAAUAUCAGCCUCCAGAGGCCAUUGCCGGUAUACCUGAUCAGAUUCGAAGAGAUGUUCUCCAGCUUUGCAACGCUCUGCCCAACGAGAAUGGGACGGCCAUGAACGUGCAGGAGGAGUUGAAGAAGGAAUCCAGCAUCGCUACAGGUGUUGUUAACUUGGUCAACGGCCAUUUGGACAACCUCGAAUCUUUCUUCGACGGAAGUACGGAGGAGCGAAGCUAUGCAGUCAACAGCACGUUUGGGAAACACUUGCUUGAGCGCCUGAAGGAGAUAGAAGCCGCAUUGAAACCACUUGUCGUCGUGGAGAAAGACAGUGCGACCACUCCAAAGAAUGGACUGGAAAGGUUGUGGUCCAGAAUUAGGAAUGGGAAGGUCGCGGCACCCUUGGUUGCUGUGUAUGGGAAUUUUUGGGAGAGUCAGGCGCGACUGGAGCAAUCUCAGGACGAGGGAACUCAAGACGCCCUCGGAGACUCUCAAGCGCUCCAAGGAAAAGUGCUCGCACAGUCUGCGACCCCUUCGACACUCGCAGCGACCCAUGCGAUAGCAACGGCGACGUCGCAGCCCACAUACCGGCAGGCUUCAACGAUCCCCGCUACAAAUGCUACGCCUCUUGGACUUUCAACUCGAAGCCAUCAGGGCUCUUACGUCCCAAAGGUGCCGUCAAGAAACAAUUCGGAGCUCUCUCCCGAAAAGGCUGAUCAGGGGCUAUAUCCUUCUGAAAAGUCAAAUCCCCUGAAGUCGAUGGAAGAUGAUCCCGCAAAAAAGCUCAUGAGAAGAUGGCUUGAUGCUUCUGAGAAGGAAUUCAUCGAUCUGGAACACUCACCUCGCCUGGAGAACACAAAGGCUGCCGUUGAGCAGCUGCGAGUUCGGCUGAAGCACAUCAAUGAGAAGUUCGUGAAGGAUCGAUACUCCUGGAAGACGAAUGUCAUUAAUCGCGACGACAGCCAAUACUGCCAAGAUAAGGUGAAAGCCAUCACCCCUCGACUGAAAUGGACCAUCGAAGUGAUGGGAGAUGAUGGUCGCUCGUCUUGUGAUUUUAAGGAAGCACAAGAUCUGUGCGACAUUCUCUUGAAAGCCCUCAGAUUGAGCAGGUCCCAGCAGAACUGCGUCACUAUCAUGAGAGAAUUUAGGCAGUUUGUUGACGACAACAUCGCUCCUCUGCGAGACUCGGGAAAGACCAUUGCAGAUGACGAGGCCGAAGAACUGAGAACAAUUUGGGGAGAAUUCUCAUUCGUGUGCAACAGCAUCAAGGAAAUCAUAGACCGUAUUGACGACAAGGCCGAAUCGUGGAAGGUCUUGGCCGAUAGCCAGUAUGGAUAUUGCUUGCUCAAAACCUUGAACGCCGAGCUCUUACCGGCCCUCAUGGCUGUGAUGGAUCCUGUCCAGGAAAAGCUUGAAUUCCAUGUUUCGUUGCUGGAGGACCUGGAGAAAUUGAGGGCCGAUCUUCAGUCACCCGCACCAGAAGCAUUUGAAAGAUCUCACGAGCUACCAAAGCAUCCGUGUAGGCCUGGACGCAUGACAUUGAAGAGGUCCCAAGAGCUGCGCAAACUCUGCUAA